AUGAAUAACUUCAUCAUGAAGUUAUUGGUAAUAGUUGUUUGUUUAUUUUUAAAUUUUAAAAAUAUUUUAAUGGUUUCACCUUUUCCUAAAUUACUUAUUGUAUCUUACGAUGCAUUCAGAUUCGAUUAUUUUAACCGUAAUUUAACUCCAUUUAUGAAGCAAUUGAAGGAAGAAGGAACAGAUGUUGACUAUAUGAUUAAUGCAUUUGUUACAAGAACGCUUCCAAAUCAUCACACCAUGGCAACUGGUUUUUAUAUUGAAAAUCAUGGUGUUUUGGAAAAUCGUAUGUUUUAUGAAAACGGAACAGUAUUAGAAAAAAGUGCAGACGUUUUUCAUUAUAAUAAUAAAAUACUUCCUAUCUGGACAAUCAACGAGAAAAAUGAUAGUUUGCGACAUAGCGGUAGUAUGAUGUGGCCUGGUGGUGAAUUUGAUUUUGAUGGUAGAACCCAAACAUUUUAUAUGCCACUAAACAUAUCUAAGAAUUGGGAAGAUAGGUUUGAUGUAUUAUUAUCAUGGUUUCUUCAUCCGAAAACACCAAUAAAUUUAGGAAUUUUAUAUAUUGAAGAACCAGAUUAUCAUGCUCAUGCCUAUGGCACUGAUCAUCCUGUAAUAAAUGAAUUGUUGAAAAAAUUAGAUAACUUUACUUACUAUAUACACACCCAGCUCAAGGACAAUAACUUAACUAGUGUAAAUGUUAUUCAUUUGAGCGAUCACGGAAUGACGGAGGUUAAUUUAUCUAGAAUUAUAAAUAUCUCACAAAUUAUUGAUUUAUCGGAAUGUCAAUUUUUGCCUACUGCUAAUACUAUCUUCAUCAUACCACAUCCAGGCAAAGAAGAUAUUCUUUAUAAUAAAUUAAAAUCGGCAGCUAAUGAAACAUCAACGUUUUACGUUUACCGUAAAGAAGAAAUACCGGAGAGAUUUCAUUACGGUAAUAACACACGCAUGACACCAAUAUUUGUUGUUGCUAAAAGUGGAUAUGCCUUUGAAUUCCUACGCGAUUCAUUUGAGUACUAUCAAAAAAAUUUCAAUAUUACAAUUGAUGAUAAGUCGUUAUUUGGAAUCCACGGUUACGAUAAUGAAGACAAAAAUAUGCAUCCAAUGUUUUUUGCUAAAGGGCCAGCGUUUAAUGCUCAUUGCAAAUUAGAACCUUUUCACAAUGUCGAUUUGUACCCUCUUUUUUGCAAUAUAUUAAAUAUCCAGUGUCCAGAGACAAAUGGUACUCUGAAUUCGUUUAAAAAGUGCCUAAAAUCAUUUACUGAUGACGAUCAAAAUAAUUCUCACUCUAUGCUUGUACCAGUUUUAGUAGCUUUAGCGGUGGUCGGAACUAUUAGUAUGUUGAUAGGUCUGUAUCUAAGAAUGAAACGACAAAGGGAAGAAGUUCUUUAUCGAAGAAUACUGGAUGAUGCGAAGAUGGAGCAAUUGUGGGAUGAACAUCAAGACUUAGAGAAUAUGUGGCAUUGA